GGGCAUGGCGCCCUAGCCUGGCGCAGGAGCGAGCCAUGGCCAUCAACAGCGAGGCGCACUUCGAGCAGGCGCUGGGGGGCCCGGCCCCGCCCGCGGCCUGCCAGGAGACGGAGCAGCUGCUCUUCUCCAGCGAGAAGGGGCUGCGCGGCUCCAAGUCCUUCUCGGGGACCCUGGAGACGGAGCAGAACGGCCACAGCCUGCCCUACAAGCCCGGGUCCGCCGGGCACCUGGAGACGGCCCCGCACUCGCCCUCCCGGAUCAGCCUGGGCCGGGCAUCCUCCAUCGCCACCACCAGCGCUCAGGAGCAGGGCCGGCCGCUGGACUAUCUGGUGCUGGCCAUCUUCUCCUGCUUCUGCCCCGUCUGGCCCAUCAACAUCGUGGCCUUGGUCUUUUCCAUCAUGUCAAGGAACAGUGGACAGCAGGGGGACAUGGACGGGGCUCGGAGACUCGGACGCAUGGCCAGGUUGCUCAGCAUAGUCUCCAUUGUCCUGGGAAUCGUCAUCAUUGUGCUCUACUGUUCGCUCAAUUUCACAGUUUUUUGGAUCAAUUAGCAUGAAAAUACCUUGAAGAAGAGGAAGACAUCUUUCCUUCCCAGGGUUUUAAUGUUACCCUUGCAGCAACAAUGUUACAAUUUAGGCCCAUCUCUUCUGGAGCAUCAUGCAAGGGAGUGCAUGCAUUUAUUUCACAGCCUUUUGGAAAAUGAUUUCAUACCAACCAAAACAGCUGGAGAACACAGCAGCUUGGCCAGGACUGGGAAAGGGGUUCGAACCCCAAGCAGAGGUGGAAUGGAGGGAGAUCCACUACCGCACUCCUGAUCAGUAACGAACAUGGUGGGUAGGAGGGAGAACAUGACAAAAAGGGGACAAGGGGAGAACUUCAUGAUGUGGUUUAUUAAAGAACCCAAAAUGUCAUUUUUUUUAAAAGAGAGAAUGGGACGUUUUGAGGAAACUUCUUGACAAUUUUGGGACAAAUCCUGUUUUUUGUAUUGACAAAUUCUCCAUCUCUAUGAAAAAGCUCCAACUGCCAUAAGGAGAUGAAAUCGAUUAAAUGCGGGAGAAAGGAGAGCGCCACUACAGGGGGACAUCAGAUGCACCUUUCUGCAGCUCCAGCCAAAACCACAGCAAAAGGUGGCGGAUCUGGUGGGGGGAUUUUGUAUUUUUGAUGGAAAA